AGUUGUAACAAGUUUCAUCGAAGUUGUUCAAAAAAAAGUUUAAAUUUGUCUGAAACUAUAUGGUCAUGACAAUAAGUACAUAUUUUAACUAACUCUGGGGAAAACAUUUAUUCGCAGACAUGGAUGAUCAAGCUUGUCCGCGUUGUAAAACAACUAAAUACAGAAAUCCAUCUCUGAAAUUGAUGGUAAACGUUUGUGGCCAUGCUUUAUGUGAAAGUUGUGUUGAUUUAUUGUUUUUAAAAGGUUCCGGUUCAUGCCCAGACUGUAAUGUCCCUUUACGCCGAAGUAAUUUUCGUGUACAAUUAUUUGAAGAUUCUAUGGUAGAAAAAGAAAUUGAUAUAAGAAAACGAGUUUUAAAAGAUUUUAAUAAAAAAGAGGAAGAUUUCGCUACAUUGAGAGAAUAUAAUGAUUAUUUAGAAGAGAUCGAAACAAUAAUAUUUAACUUAGCUAAUAACAUAGAUGUUGUAGGCACAAACAAAAGAAUAGAACAGUAUAAAAAAGAUAAUAAAGAAAUAAUUAUGAAAAAUAAGGCUAAAAUAGGUAGAGAAGAAUUAGAACUAGAAGAAAUAUUGGAAAUAGAGAAACAAAUGGAGGAACUCCGUAGAGCAGAAGUUGUAAAAAUGGAAGAAGAAGCAAAAAAACAAAAGAUAAGAGAGAAAGAGGCUUUGAUUGAUGAAUUAAUGUUUGCUGAUGGAGAUGCAAAAGAAAUAUUAAGCACAUUUGCUCAAACUGUUGCUAAUAAGCAGGAGGAAGCUGUACCAGUCCUACCUAAAGUGACACAGUUCUCAUCAGGUGUUAAGUUUACGAGAGGUUCAGGACAGCAGCCACUGCCAUUCAUUGAAGAAGGACCGUUGUAUAAAUAUGAGGCCCCUCCUCAACCAGAUCGAGUAGGACCUGACCCACCAUCUGUGCAGGAAAUUGUUAAUAACGGGUAUCUGCAUCAUGUUAGGGCAGAGACAGAGACUGAAAAAGCGGGUGGGUACUCCUCAACAUUACCCUGCCUACGAGCUUUACAAGAUGCACUCUCAGGGCUCUAUCAUGCUAGCUGACAUAGUGAACAAGUUGUUGUUGAUACUAUUGUACUUGAUUAGCACUACGUUAAAAGCGAUAUAUUGUUUACAUGCUAUCUCUUUUACUCAUUCAUAUAGCCUAUGAAUGUAAGCUAAAUAUAUAGCUUAUUUCAAUUUAAUUCGUUUUAAUGAGAAACCGACCUUAAUAGGUAUUAUUAAAAUAUAGUACAGAAGCAUAGCAAAGGGGUAAAAAAAAUUUUUACUGUCGUUUUCUUAUUACUCAGUUUGUUAAUAUGUUCAACAAAAGAGACUGAUAGUAAAUUUUAAUAUCUUUGUUGAAAGUAUUUGCCAUAUAAAUAAAGUAUCCAUCUGAUCUUUUAAACAGUAUAUCGCUUUUUAUGUAGGGUGUAUUUUAUUAAGAUAAUGUGUAUAUAUGAAAUGUAAAUAUGUAUGUUUAUAUAUAUAAGUACUAAAUUCAGGGUAGUGAUAAGAAAGUGCAAAAAAUACUUUUUUUAUGAUACAAAAAUAUCUAUUGCUCUAUGUUCAACCAAAUGUUAUAAACGAAACUUAAAGAUUUUAAAUCAGUAAUGGAAACAAUAUUGUUACAUUUUAAUAAUUGUUUAUUUUCUGUGCUUUAACUUAAAAAUUAUUCAUUGAAAAUGUUUUAAAUAUCAUUUUAAUUAGUAUCUAUUACUAAUCUAUUCUAUCAUCUUGUUUUUUUCUUUUGUAACAUGCCUUGCAAUAAAAUAUUUGUCUGCGCACAAUGAUGCUAUUAAUAGUCUCUAAAUAUUAAUUUUAUUUCAUUUCGAGUUUUUGUUAAAGUUAAGGCCUUAUUGUUAUG